GCAGCAGCGGCAAAAGAAGAGGAAGAAGGAAGAAGCAAAAGAAGAGGAAGAAGGCUUCUUGCUGACAGGAAGCAGCGGACGCGAUGGCCACAGUGGAUGCUGCUGAUGAACUGGCAGCACGGGUGGCAGCAGUGGCGCUGGAGGAACGAGAUGCAGGUGAUGAUGGUGCUGACGAUAGUGGGAAGGACAGCGCUGGUCCUACGAUGCAGCUGGUUGCCGAUGGCGCGCAUGGACGCCUAGCAGCUGUGGUUGAGAAGAAGCAGAAAGAAGAAGCAAAGGAGGGCGAGCAUGAUCAUGAGCAAGGCAAGUCGCGUGCAAGCGGGCCACUGCUGCCAGUGCCACUGCCGCCUUCCGCAGCGCUGAGCCCAGAAUACAUCCGAGCUCGCAUCACCGACGAGUACCUCCUGAACCUUGAUGCCCUCAGUGUGCACGAUCCAGCACUGAGCCAGCGGUUCUGGCAGCCAAGCGUACAGCCCGAGGACCUGUUCCUUCCCAUGACAUCCGAAUCGCCGUACAUGCUGCAGGUUGAGCGUGACCCCAUCACCUUUGAAGCCAAGGCGUUCCGCGAGUCGCACGUGUCAAGCAGCGAGACAGCCGUCUCCUCCAUGUCAAUGACGCGAACAGUGGCUGCGAAUGCGGACAAGACGUACGGGUCAACCCUGCAGUACCCGUUUAUGCCUGGCGGCAUGGGCGUGGAGGUGGCGCAGCAAAUGCGACUGCUUGCAAGCAAGAAAGACACACACCAGCAAGAAAGUCACAGCGCAGAUGCAGACAGCAAACUGACACAACCCGACCUCUCCCUCUUUGACUUUCCCGAGAACAAGGUGUUACCGGACCUGGGCGACGUGUCUGCACACCUCCCACCACCACCAUCAUCGUCGUCGUCGCUUGCGCAGCAGCUUGCUCUGGCUGGUCUGCUGGACGAUCUUGCACUGCCUUUGACGCGCGAAGGCGAGAAGGACACCUCCUCCACGUCCACUUCCACAACAACAACAGCAGCAGCAACAGCAACAACAACAGAGCGACAAGAGGGCCAACAAGCGGAAGAAUCGUCCGCUGUGACGUCAUCAGCUGCUGUACCUGCGCUGUCAGAGUUGACAGCAGCCGCUGCCAGCGGUACCGGCGAGGAGAGCAUGGGCAGUGGUGGCGGUGGAGGGGAAGAGGAGGAGGAGGAGGAGGGUAACGGAGAGGAUGGUGCUGGUGCGAAGGAGGAGGUGGAGGAGGACUUGGAAGCGGCGCUGACGAAGACAUACGCACAAGCCAACGCGCAGUCCACAGGGCAGGAGCAGACGAAGAACUGGGCCAUCACCAUCCCCGUCAAGGCAAAGGUGGAGGACUUUGAGUUUCAGGUGCCGAAUCCGGCCAUCACAUAUCCGUUUGAACUCGACGACUUUCAGAAGCAGGCAAUCAUCUGCAUGGAGCGGCACGAGUCUGUGUUUGUGGCUGCGCACACAUCUGCUGGCAAGACAGUGGUGGCCGAAUACGCCAUUGCCAUGUCGCAGAAGCACAUGACACGCGUCAUCUACACCUCCCCCAUCAAGGCCCUCUCCAACCAAAAGUUCCGGGACUUUGCGACGCGGUUUGAUGAUGUUGGGCUGCUGACGGGCGAUGUGCAGAUACGGCCGGACGCCUCGUGUCUCAUCAUGACCACCGAGAUCCUCAGAUCAAUGCUCUACCGCGGUGCGGACAUGAUCCGAGAUGUGGAGUGGGUGAUCUUCGACGAGGUGCACUACAUCAACAACGCCGAGCGCGGUGUUGUGUGGGAGGAGACAAUCAUCAUGCUACCCAAGCACGUCAACGUUGUCAUGCUGUCUGCCACCGUCCCAAACACGUUUGAGUUUGCAGACUGGGUUGGCCGCACACGCAAGCAGCGCGUGUACGUGAUCCACACGCCGAAGCGACCGGUGCCGUUGGAGCAUUUCCUGUACGUGGGCAAGGUUGGCAAAGCAGACCCCCUCUUCAAGAUUGUCGACGCACACGGGAAAUUCCACAUGAAGAACCAUUCUGCCGCGGUUGCCGGUAAGAAGGAGGGCGAAGGAAAGAAAGCCGCCAAGACAGGCAGUUACGGGCCAAAGAAGCGCGGGAACGCCAGCUGGGGCGGUGACCGCGUGCUGUACCGCUCGCUGGUGCAAAUGCUCAAGAAGGAAAACCUCAACCCGUGCGUCGUCUUCACGUUCUCAAAGAAGAGAUGCGACCAGAAUGCGUACAAUCUGCGGGGGACGUCCUUCAACACGGCGGAGGAAGAGGGCCGUGUCAAUGCAAUCUUCCACCGCUCCAUAUCCAUUCUCAAGGGUUCAGACGCCCACCUCCCACAGGUUGAGCGGAUCAAGGCGAUGGUGCGGCACGGUGUCGGCGUGCACCACAGCGGUCUCCUCCCCAUCAUGAAGGAGCUUGUCGAAAUCCUCUUCUCGCAGGGGCUCAUUAAGGUGCUGUUUGCGACGGAGACGUUUGCGAUGGGCGUCAACAUGCCGGCGAAAUGCGUCGUCUUCGACUCCAUCCGCAAACACGACGGCAUCCAGCUCCGCGACCUCCUCCCAGGCGAGUAUGUGCAGAUGGCUGGCCGCGCUGGGCGCCGUGGACUCGACACAACUGGCACCGUGAUUGUGCUGUGCAAAGGGGACGUGCCUGAUGUCAACUCACUGCACACCGUCAUGCUCGGGAAACCAACCGUUCUCGCCUCCAGAUUCAGGCUGACCUACAACAUGAUCCUGAACCUGCUGCGCGUGGAGGAUUUGCGUGUUGAAGACAUGAUGCGCCAGAGUUUCUCGGAAGCGGACCUGCAGCGCGAAACGAGCAGUCAGCGCCAGGCCCUCGUGGAAGGACAGGCCCAGCUGGCUGUCCUUGGAUCAGAGGAGUUUCCAUCCGAUUUGGAGGAGUAUUACACGCUGGCUGUUGAAUACCUGGACGCGUCUCACCGCAUGAUGGCGGCCAUCCUCGCCUCCAAUAACGCCAUGCGCAUCGUCGGAGCGGAGGGGCGAGUUGUCGUUGUGAACAGCCAGAUGUACCGGAACACGCUUGCCGUUGUUCUGCGCACAAUGAAGAGCAGCAAUGGACCAGCGGCGCCAAAGGACUUUGAAGUGCUCAUCAUGGUGGAUGAAACGUCCAAACAGAAACCCGGACAGCGCAAGGAGAAGACAAACAAGGAGGAGAGCCUGCUUCCACUGCCCGUGACACACCUCGACGUGCCUCAAGGAGCGGUAUCACAUGCGAUUGUUCGCAUUGCGGGAACAGACAUUGUCGCCAUCACAGGAGAGAAAAUUCCGGUUGACAAGAAGAAGGUCGUUCAACAGCGCAAUGCAACGGAGUGCACGAUGGUGGCGCAGCAGCUGCAGCAGCUCGCAGCAAAGGGGCUCGAGUCGCUGUCGCAGCUGCACCCGAUCAAAGAUCUCGGCGUGAAGCAGCUGGAGGCCGCAGACGCGCACACGCGCAUGAAGGCCCUCUACAAGCAGCUCAGCGGCUUUGAGUGCACGUCCCAUCCGGAUUUCACGUCCAUGUACGGGCGACUGCACGAGCGGCGCGUACUCAUGAACCAGAUUGACUCUCUUCAGCACCAGCUGAGCGAUCGAAACCUGACGCUUCUGCCCGAAUACGAGCAGCGCAUUGAGGUGAUGCAGCGGCUGCAAUUCAUCAACAGCGAACGCAUCGUCCAACUCAAGGGGCGUGUUGCGUGCGAGAUAACGACGUGCAAUGAGCUGCUAGUGACGCAACUCAUCUUCCACGACAUCCUGACACCGCUGGACCCGGAGGAGGUGGUCGCGCUCCUCAGCUGUAUGGUCUUCCAGAACAGGCGGGCAAGCGAGCCACGGCUGACACCGCGGUUGGAGGAAGGCGUUAGCACCAUCACUCGCAUGGCCAUUGAGAUUGCAGAGACGCAGCUCGCGUGCGGGAUGCAGGUCUCUGUUGAGGAGUACUUGGAGGAGUUUAAGUUUGGACUGGUGGAGGUCGUCUACGAAUGGGCGCGAGGCAUGGCCUUCAAGCAGAUCACAGAGCUGACGGACGAGCCCGAAGGAUCAAUUGUCCGGUGCAUCAUUCGUUUGGAACAGGCGUGCCGGGAGGUUCGCAACGCGGCACGCGUCAUUGGCGACCCCGUUCUGUCGCAGAAGAUGGAGCAGGCUGCCAACAUGAUCAAGCGCGACAUUGUGUUUGCUGCAUCUCUCUACACUGUCGACCAGUAGCUGCUGGAUGUUCGUCGCACCGCUAAUAAUCGACACACACACAUACACACACACACACACACACACCUCACACACACACAUAUACACACCUCACACACACACACACACACCGCACACACAGACACACACCUCACACACCGCACACACAGACACACACACACCUCACAUACGUAUUCAUUGUUGUGGCAUUUCAUUUACUUCCUCAUUUCCUCCUCAGCCAUUGUUGACAUGAAGACAUAAAACCGUCAAAUCAC